CGGACCACGUUCCCAUCCACGUUCCCUCCAGCGGGCUCUCUCCACGACCCAAAGCUGACGCGUACCCGCCAGCCUCAAAACCCCCGCCGUCGUCCCCGACCGCACGCUCCUGCUCCUGCACCCGCACCAGCACUCCAUCCUGCCCCAGGGCAUCGCUCCCCGCGUCUCUGCCUCCCUGACUCCGCACCACGAUUCCCCCGCUAGCAACCGCAACAUUGGAUCUGCUGCCAGCGCGAAUAUACAUCCCCCGUCAUGGACGCACUCAAAUCCCUCGUGCAGCCCCUCGUCGGCGGCGGCGGAGGCUCCGUCAUCGACGGCAUGAAGCUCGUCGUCCUCGGUGGCACCGUCGAGACCGCGCGACGCAUGGCAAGCUCCGGCUGGUCACAUUUCAUAAACUCAUUCUUCCUGACAGCCCACUUCUCCGAAGAGGACUACCCCUACGAUUGGCUGAUGCUCUGGCUCUCCCGCCAGCCAGAGUGGCAGCGCUCGCGCGAGUUCGAGACGACAACGCGGACAGCGAGCCACGCCUGGGGCUCGGGCGCCGCGGACAACUCGUUCGGCGACGAGGACGACGAGAGCGAGGAUGCGCCCGGCCGCGUCAAGACCCGCGUCGUCUUCCAGCCGACGACGAACACGACGCACACGAUCUACUACAGAGGCCACUGGCUCCGCGUCAAGCGCGGGCGUAAGCACGACUCGGGCUGCGACAUGCUCUCCGUCUCCGUCGUCGCGCGCAACAACUCGAUCCUGAAGCAGCUCGUGCUCCAGGCGAAGAAGGAGUACGAGGCGGAGGCGGUCCACCGCAUACAGAUCUACUUCGCCGACUCGCACGGGUGCUGGCGCUGGACGGACUCGCGGCAUAAGCGGCCGAUGUCGUCCAUCGUGCUGAACCAGGGUGUGAAGGAGAUGCUCCUCGCGGACACGAAGGACUUCCUCAAGUCUGAGAAGUGGUACGCUGACCGGGGUAUCCCGUUCCGACGCGGGUACCUGUUAUACGGUGUGCCCGGCUCUGGGAAGAGCUCACUCAUCCAUGCGAUCGCAGGAGAGCUGAUGCUGGACAUCUACGUCGUGUCCUUGUCUUCUUCGUGGAUCAAUGACAGCACACUCACGACGCUGAUGGGCCGUGUCCCGGCACGGUGCAUAGUAUUGCUCGAAGACCUCGAUGCGGCCUUCACGCGAAGCACAUCACGGGAUGACGCGUCUACAGGUAACCCUGAGGGAGAGAAGAGUACGACGACAGAGCCAGAGACACACACCCGUCACAGCAGCCGGCGGCAUAAGGAGCAGUUGUCGGACGUCAACACGCUGUCGCUGAGUGGCCUGCUGAAUGCGCUCGACGGCGUCGCCGCCUCGGAGGGGCGUAUAUUGUUCGCUACCACUAACCACCUGGAACGCCUCGACCCUGCGCUGUCGCGGCCGGGUCGCAUGGACGUCUGGGUUGAGUUCAAGAAUGCGUCCAAGUGGCAAGCUGAGCUGCUCUUCCGCAACUUCUUCCCAUCGACUGACGAGGACGACGUUGUGAUCGAGGGCGAGCUUGAGGGUAUUGAGUUGCCAACACCACCUUCCCCUUCAGCGCAGUCGUCUGGCUUCUCGUCGCUGUUCUCGUCAGGCUCUAUGCCGUCCACGCCAGUGACUUCUUCGAUGUCCACGCUGCCGACGCCGGAGGGCAAGGCGAAGGCGUCGUUCAUUGACAACAGUCUGAGGAAUCAGGCGUACCUGCCGCCACCCGUCGACGAUGAGAUUGCCCAGCACUCUGCGAAGCCCCUGGACGGCCAGACGCUGGCGCGGCUGGCCAAGAUGUUCGCGGAUGCGAUCCCGGAAGAGGAAUUCAGCGUGGCCGCGCUGCAGGGCUGUGAGUACCCAUUUGGCGUUGACUGAUUGCCAGUUUGUGUGCGUCCGCGCGGGAGGUGCUGCGUGGUCCCCGUACGUGGGGGCGCGUGUGCUCGCGGCUCCCACGCGCUGGUGCGUUGCGGUCGAAUGAGGAAAGAGAGCUGACUGGCUUGCUUUGGCGGCGCCUGUGCGUGUCCUGCAGAUCUGCUGAAGAACAAGUCGCGCCCGGAGGCGGCGGCGGAGGAGGCAGCGGGGUGGGUGGU